UUUUCUUCUUCUUUCCUUUUAUUUGCUAUUUAAUCCAUCUGUUUUUCCUCUUCCCAACUUUGGUUAAAUCUCCAACUCUCCAACUCUCCAACUUCCCGGCUUACGGCUUACAGCUUACCUUACUGAGCUGUCUUACCUUGCUGAGCUGUCAUGGAUCCCACUUCUACCCCGGCUGAGGCCAAAGAUGAAAUUGUUCCUUCAGAGAACCUGAACGGCUCUGCCCAGUCUACAGAAGUCAAAGAAGUCAAAGACGCUGCUGUCGCCCCCGCACCCGAGACUACCCCUACCUCUGCCCCCAAACUGUGCAAAAAACACAAGAAGAAGAACAAGAAAAAGGAUGAGAGUGACAGCUCCUCUGAGUCUUCUUCUUCUGAUUCCGACAGCGAUGCCGACUCUGAGGAAGAAUCCGAUUCCACAGAGAGCGACUCCGAUAACGAGAAGCGCAAGCGACAUCGUCUACGAAAGGCGCGUGCGAGACGUGUGCUCAAAGAUAAGAAACGUCGCAAGAAGAAGAAGCGGUCGCGCAAGGCUGAAGCGUCGGAUUCGGAAUCUGACUCUCCCUCUGAGUCAGGUUCGGAGUCUUCUACUGACUCCGAUGACGAAAUAGAUGACAAGGCGUUACGGAAAUUAGUCACCAAGCUCAAGCUUAGCAAAAAGCGAGCUAAGAAGCUACGUGAACUAGCUUCUGAUGAUUUGGCCGUGAGCGAUUCUUUGGGCGAAACUCGCCGCGAGAAGCGAUCUAAGAAGAAGAAGCCGGCUUCCAAGGUGGCCUAUAAGCGUGUAGAUCAAUUAUGGGAUACCACCAUCCACAAGUACAAGCUCACUGAAACCGUGGAUGACCCCGAUGCCGACGAAUGGGACCAGUAUAUCUUCAACAUCCGUCGCAAGUUCAACUGGGAGAACAAGUACCUCGAGACUGUCGUCGAUAUCAAGAGCAAACCCCUCCGCGAUGCCCUCUCCAAGAUCAUGGAUGGCGUCAAGGGCGUCAGUCUCGUGCAGGAACCUGCCGUCGUCGAUCCCAACAUGCUGUUCCUAUAUCUGGAGGAAACAAGGCAGUACAUGAAGGACCUGAAGAAGCAGUCGCGCAGCGAGAAGAAGAAAAAGGCCAGAAAGGCAGCUGCCGUCAAGGCGGCCCAUCUGAAAGUUCUCGUAAAAUACCUCGACACCGACUACGCAGACAUCAAGAAGACCCUCUACCCGCUGCUCGAGGCCAACACGAUCACCUUCGAUCUCUUGUGGGCCCUGUACAAGCCCAACACCAUCGCUUACACCCCGACCUACGGCAGCACAGAUGAACCACGUGCUUUCAAAAUCGAGUACGCCGUCAAAGAGUCCUCCUUUAUGAAGGGCCAGUGGUACAGUGUCGAUGGCCGCUACCUCGAGUACGAUGGCAAGGACUACGGCUUCGGCACUAUGUCCGCUGAAGUCGACGCCUUCAAGGGCGCUCGCAAGAUCACCAGUCUCGCCUGCUACCCGCUGAAGUACCACCGUGACGCCGAGGCUCUGCGUGCCCGUCUCAUCGAACGUGGCAAGCGCUUCGUCGCCCUCCGUGGUAUGAACUACCGCUUCCACAAAGGUAUGGCCUUCUACAAGAAAAAGCGCUCGCUCAUCAUCAAGGUCAAUAUCAAUGGCCGCGUCAUGAUCGACCCGGCUAUCCACCGUCGCAUCAACCCUAACUAUCCCAUCUCCACUGUCCGUCCCAAGGAUCCGGAUCUAAUAGAUCCCGAAGAUCUUGGGAUCAGUGGUGACGAGGGUGAUGAUAGCGACGGCUGCUGCUGUGGUGGAUCAGACUCGGACUCUGAGCAUGGUGGUGCCUCUGAUACCCCACGGACGAUGUACAAGGUCGUGGAGGAUACGGAUGGAUGUCCGCGCGUCGUAGAGGUCGAAGUUGACGAGAACGGCACUGAGAUCCAGAAGGAGAAGAUGGAUCGCAUUGAAGGUGCCGCUGCUGAUACCAAGGAGCGCGAGUUCACCGAGGAGGAGCUGCUCGUUGCCUCUCCUGUCGUUCUGGGCUUUGCCUUCAGUGAGAAGCUCUGGCUCGAGUUCACGAUCUCCGGUAUCAGCGAUAUCGAGUGGGAUAAGGAAGCCUUUGGCUCGCUUGUCCUCCCGUCGAACCAAAAGUCCAUCGUCAAGGCCCUCGUCGAGUCACAUACCUUCCACGCCGCGCAGAACAUCGACGAUGUCAUCCAGGGCAAGGGUAAGGGUCUUGUUGCCGUGCUGCAUGGUCCGCCCGGUACGGGUAAGACCCUGACGGCAGAGGGCAUCGCCGAGCUACUCCGUCGCCCGCUGUAUAUGGUUAGCGCUGGCGAGCUGGGUACUGACUCGCGGACCCUUGAGGCGGAGCUGAACAAGAUCCUGGAUAUCGCGCACUCCUGGGGCGCGGUGCUCCUCCUCGACGAGGCAGAUGUUUUCCUUGAGAAGCGCACUAUCCACGAUAUCCACCGCAAUGCCCUUGUCAGCAUCUUCCUCCGUCUGCUGGAGUACUUCCAGGGCAUUCUGUUCUUAACUACCAACCGUGUUGAGACCUUCGACGAUGCCUUCCAGUCGCGUAUCCAUGUCGCCCUGCGCUAUGGCGAUCUGACUUCCAAGGCGAAGAGGAGUAUUUGGAAGAUGUUCUUAGAGCGCGUGCGCGCUAUUGAGGGUGUGCAUAUUGCUUCUUUCUCCGAGGAGGAUUAUGAUAUGCUUUCCAGGCACACGCUGAAUGGGCGACAGAUCAAAAACUCCGUCCGCACCGCACAAGCUCUGGCCGUCAACGAGAACGCGCCCCUCUCCAUGGAGCAUAUCAAGCGUGUGCUAGAGGUGGCCGAGACAUUCGAUCAAGACCUGCGCGGCGGAACAGGAUACCUGGACGCCAUGCGGAGCUAUACUUGA